CGCCGCGCCCCGCCCCGCCCGCCGCGCUGAGGACCCCCGGCCGCCGCCGCCGCCGCUCGCUCCGGCCCCGCGCCCGUUCCCGCCCGUUCCCGGUCCCGCUCCCGCCCGGCCCCGCCGCCGCCAUGACGCUCCUCGCCGCCAGCAGCCGGGCGGCCGCGCGCCUCCGCGGGCCCAAGAACGCCUCGUGCGUCCUCUUUGCCGCCCGCCACGCCAGCGCCGCCACGAACCUGAAGGACGUCCUGGCCACCCUGAUCCCCAAGGAGCAGGCGAAAAUCAAGAACUUCAGGCAGCAGCACGGCAACACGACCAUCGGGCAGAUCACGGUGGACAUGGUGUACGGCGGGAUGAGGGGCAUGAAGGGGCUGGUGUACGAGACCUCGGUGCUGGAUCCCGAUGAGGGCAUCCGCUUCCGCGGCUACAGCAUCCCCGAGUGCCAGAAGCUGCUGCCCAAAGCCGCGGGGGGAGAGGAGCCGCUGCCCGAGGGGCUCUUCUGGCUGCUGGUGACGGGUGAGAUGCCCACCCAGGAGCAGGUGACCUGGCUGUCCCGGGAGUGGGCCCGGCGCGCGGCGCUGCCCUCGCACGUGGUGACCAUGCUGGACAACUUCCCCACCAACCUGCACCCCAUGUCGCAGCUCAGCGCCGCCAUCACCGCGCUCAACAGCGAGAGCAAGUUCGCUCGCGCCUACGCCGAGGGGAUCCACCGCGUCAAGUACUGGGAGUUCGUGUAUGAAGACGCCAUGGACCUGAUCGCCAAACUGCCGUGCGUGGCCGCCAAGAUCUACCGCAACCUGUACCGCGAGGGCAGCAGCAUCGGCGCCAUCGACCCCAACCUCGACUGGUCGCACAACUUCACCAACAUGCUGGGCUACAGCGACCCCCAGUUCAUCGAGCUGAUGCGGCUCUACCUCACCAUCCACAGUGACCACGAAGGGGGGAACGUCAGCGCCCACACCAGCCACCUGGUCGGCAGCGCCCUGUCCGACCCGUAUCUCGCCUUCGCCGCCGCCAUGAACGGGCUGGCCGGGCCCCUGCACGGCCUCGCCAACCAGGAGGUGCUGCUCUGGUUGACCAACCUGCAGAAGGAGCUGGGCGGGGAGGUGUCGGACGAGAAGCUGCGGGAUUUCAUCUGGAACACGCUCAACUCGGGCCGGGUGGUGCCGGGCUACGGGCACGCGGUGCUGCGCAAGACGGACCCGCGGUACAGCUGCCAGCGCGAGUUCGCCCUCAAGCACCUGCCCCAGGACCCCAUGUUCAAGUUGGUGGCCCAGCUCUAUAAAAUCGUCCCCAACGUGCUGCUGGAGCAGGGAAAGGCCAAGAACCCCUGGCCCAAUGUGGACGCGCACAGCGGGGUCCUGCUGCAGUACUACGGGCUGAAGGAGAUGAACUACUACACGGUGCUGUUCGGGGUGUCGCGGGCGCUGGGCGUCCUGGCGCAGCUCAUCUGGAGCCGGGCGCUGGGCUUCCCCCUGGAGCGCCCCAAGUCCAUGAGCACCCCCGGCCUCAUGCAGCUGGUGGGCUACAAAUCCGGGUAAAGAAGGGACGGGGCGGGGGGGCCACGCUUCCCCCUCCCCACGCCGGGAACGCUGCGGCCCCCCCCGCCCCGGACCCGCUCCGGUGCUGAACCCCGUCUGGGGCUCCUCUGCCCUCCCUGGCUAAGGGGGGGCUCCCCGCACCCCCCGGCAGCACCACGCACACUGGGAGCCCCCCCAGGCUCCCCCAUUGCUGGGCUGGGGGGGGCCCCUCCACCGCCCCCCCCACCCCAAGAGGGUUCAGCGCAGCCCCAGGUCCGGGCCCCCCAGAAGGGACUCGAUACACUCCUCCCCGCCCCCCCCCCCGUGUUUGUGUGACCCCCCGCCCGAUGCCCCCCCCCCAAACCGGAGCUGGGCCCCCCCCGGCCCCGGCCCCUCGCAGGGAUUGGGCACUUCUGUACAAACAACGAGAAAAUGCAAAAUAAAUGUUUUUAUUAACAAA